AUGGUCAAAAAUACUGAGGGCCCUACAUUUCAGCAUGUUGAGGGCUUUUCUCCAGACAAGACGGAUAACCAAGUACUGAUUUCUGGGAGGCAUGAGUUUUCAGUCCGUCGAAAGUUUGAUUGCAGAAUGAUGCCCAUUGUCUGUAUAUUGUAUAUUCUAUCUUACUUGGAUCGAGGAAACAUCGGCAAUGCAAAGACCGCAGGCCUUGAAGACGACCUCGGACUAGACGACUAUCAGUGGUCUUGGGUCCUAUAUGCAUUUUACAUCUGCUAUAUCCUGUUUGAGUGGACCACGGUUUUCUGGAAACUCCUUCCAGCUCACAUCUACGUUGCCAUUCUCUGCGUAUGUUGGGGAGCCGCUGCAAUGUGCGCUGGCGCGGUCAACAACCUCGCCGAACUCAUCGUCUGUCGGGCCCUGCUAGGUGUCUUUGAGGCGGCAUUUGGCUGUGGUGCCCCAUAUUUCCUGUCCCUAUUUUACAAACGACAAGAACUCGGCUUUCGGGUAUCACUUUUGCUAGGCAUGUCUCCCAUUGCAAACACGAUUGCGUCCGUUGUCGCCUACGGUAUCACACACAUCCAAGGCUCCUUGAAGCCAUGGCGCUAUCUCUUCAUUAUAGAGGGAGCACCAACGGUCCUUUUUGCUGUCAUUGUGUACUUGUAUCUUCCCAAUUCCCCCGGUACAGCACAAUUUCUCAGUGACGUGGAGCAAACGUACGCUGUUGAGCGUCUUCAAACCAUCGACCGAACCCAGAAAAACAAGCUACGCUGGACUCAGGUAUUCAGCGGCCUUUCCGACUACAAGAAUUACACGCACAUGCUCAUGCACUUCUGCUGUAAUUUCUCGUUCGCGGCCUUAUCCAACUUCCUCCCUUCUAUCCUAGAAGCAAUGGGCUACACUUCGAUCAAAGCACAAGGCUUCGCGGCGCCGCCUUAUCUAGCCUCAUUCAUCUGCUGCAUGGGAGCGGCAAUUGUCUCUGAUAAAUGGAGCAGUCGGAGCUCGGUGAUUAUCUUUUUCUCCGCCAUGGCAACCGUGGGAUACCUUAUUUUGACCCUUGUCGAAAACACCGCGGCAAGAUACGCAGGGAUCUGGCUUGCUACUUGUGGAGUCUUCCCAGCACUCUCACUGAAUAUUACCUGGUUGCUCAAUAAUCAAGGUGGAGAGAGCAAGAAGGGAGCUGGGAUGGCUAUCCUGGGGGUCUUCGGCCAGUGCUCCAGCUUUAUCAGUAGUUCUGUGUUUCCGAACACGGAUGCACCGUUUUAUACGAAGGGGUGUGCGAUCGGAUGUGGCAUGACGGGUGCGAUUGUCAUUGUGGCAUUGGGGCUGCGGAUUUCUCUGGCUUUGGAAAAUAGAAGGAGAGAUCGGGUUCAUGGGCUGGUGGAUGAGAAUGAGAGGGUGGAUGUCACCGAUGGGGGAGACAGUCACCCCAACUUCAGAUAUAUGCUUUAG